UAAAAGAGAACUUCGUGGAGCUUCGCUCUCGAUACGGUCUCAUUGUGAGACAAAGCUACAUACGUUGAAGACCAAUGCCAAUGAAGGGAAAGAGGAGAGUUGAGAUCGCGGUGCUCCUGUUGCUGUGCGCUCUUUGUGACGGAGACGAGUUGCAGCCUCAGCGAGACGCACCUCGAGCGCAAUGUAUCACCAGCCUGACUGGGGUGUGGUGUACUCUGUCUGAAGCCCAUCUGAAUGGUUCUGGUCCUACCAGACUAGAGGUCCCUGCUGGGCAGAGCCUCCAUAUCAUCAUGCAGAGCCUCCCAGGAGACCCUGUCUGCAGCUGGAGCCGUGGACCUGACCCAAUAAGAGGGGGCUAUUCUAUGGCCAUACCACAGACGUCUGUGAGUGAUUCUGGAGAGUACUCCUUCAGCUGUAUGAAUUGUGGCAUCAUCUCCUCCCUGACGCUCUCUCUACUGGUUGGACCUCCUCUGAGACGUCCGUCAAAGCCACAUCUGAAAUACAUCCCUGGGAGAAGAGGCUUUUUACCUAACUUCCAGUGUUCUUCAGAGGGAAAUCCCAAGCCAGAAAUCAAAUGGUUCGAUAACCUUGACAAGACUGGACAAGGUAAUCAUGGGAACGAGACAUCUAAGGACUCCGAGAGGUCCAACAACAUAGAAGGAAGUAAACCAUACUACAAGACAACAGUUAUGUGCUGUGCUAUUAACCCCAAAGGGGAAGAGUGUUCUCAGCUCUAUGACUAUGACUUGGACAGCAGUCGUAGUGUGGAUGAUGAUAAUGAAGCUCCAGAGAUCACUCUGAGCCCGGGUCAGCCCCUGCUGCUCCGCUGUAGAGAGAGAGAGAACAGCACCACACAGUGGCUGACGGAGAAUCAGGAACAUGUGUCCGUAUAUCAUCUAUCCUAUAAAGGAAUAGGUAUGACCUACCUGUUCUUUGAGUCGGUGAGAGUGAACCACAGUGGCAUCUACAUCUGCCGGAGCAACAACAACAAGAGGAAGUCCACCCACAUCCGGGUCCUGGAGAAGGGCUUCAUUUCCAUCGACCAGCUGAAUGAGAGCAGUACCAUCUCAGCCCAGGAGAAGCCAGGGUUCUGUCUGCGGGCCCUGGUCUCCUCAUACCCUCUCCUACGCUGCCAUUGGCUGGGCCCGGGUGGUGUACAGACCCAGUGCCCUGAACCCACACGACUGUGGAAGAACAGGACUCUGGAGCUAUGUAACCCUGAGCCAGGAAAGUACCAGUUAAAUCUGGAGGCUGGGGUGCUGAACCUCACAAAGACCCUCUCUCUGUGUGUGGCAAGUACGCCCACCCCCACUCUCUUCCAGGAAGAAGACUACAUCACCUGUAAGACCAACAGCCCCCUCCCCUUCAACCUCACCUGGAGGUUCUGCUCUCUGUCCAAUGACAGCUGUCAGUCAGAGUCUGCAGCCUGGAAGGAGAUCCCUGCCCCUCCCCCAGAGCUCUGUGACUCAGACCAGUUCUGCCAUAAGAAGGUCCUCAGCUCUCUGGACAGGGUCGAGGUGGGGAACCACUUUGUCAAGUGCUGCAUUGCAAACUCUGUCCACUCACAGUCACACUGCAGCGAGCCACUGUUCAAUGCAGGAAUGGUCUUUCAGCAGCAGCGUACCUUCAAACGGCCCUCCAACUCCUCUCAACUCCUGAAGGUGUCCAGUCUGGUUCUGUUCCUGGCUUUGAUACUGGUCAGCGUGGCGCUGCUCUACAUCCUCAGGAAAAAGAAACCCCAGUACCAGAGCCAGCUACAGGUGAUUCAGAUGACGGGGUCUAAUGACAACGACUACAUCUACAUCAACUUCAAAGACUUCCAGUAUGACCAGAAAUGGGAGUUCCCCAGAGAGAACCUGGAGCUGGGGAAGGAGCUGGGCUCUGGGGCCUUUGGCAUGGUGUUUCAGGCUACAGCCCACGGCAUCAGCAAGCCGGGAGUCUCCCUGCAGGUGGCUGUCAAGAUGCUGAAAGAGAAGCAUGAGACAGUGGAGAAAGAGGCUCUGAUGUCAGAGCUGAAGAUGUUGACUCACAUCGGACGGCAUGCUAACAUCGUCAACCUGCUGGGGGCGUGCACUGGCUCAGGGCCAACGUACCUGAUCUUCCAGUACUGCCAUAAUGGGGACCUGCUGAACUACCUGAAGAACAACAGAGAGCUGUACCACAAGUCUCUGACCGAGGCCUUCACCAGGGACCGCUUCAGUAGACUUUACCACAACCUGCCCAAGAGGAGCUCCACUGGAGGGCAAGAGAGCAUCGCCCUCCUCAGCCUCACCUCCUCUCCCAUGGACACCUCUGAUGGUCCAGGGAUCUAUGAGAAGCUGCAGGAAGAGGAGGAGGAGGAGGCACUGACCUAUGACGACCUGCUCAGCUUUUCCUACCAGGUGGCCAAAGGCAUGGACUUCCUGUCCUCUAAGCACUGCAUCCAUCGGGACCUUGCGGCCAGGAACGUGUUGGUGUCUCAGGGUGGAUUAGUAAAGAUUGGAGACUUUGGACUGGCCCGAGACGUCCACAACGACUCCAACUACGUAGUGAGAGGAAAUGUGCCUCUGCCAGUGAAGUGGAUGGCUCCAGAGAGUAUCUUCCAGGGGAUGUACACCAUGCAGAGCGAUGUCUGGGCCUAUGGUAUCCUGCUGUGGGAGGUCUUCUCUCUGGGUUUGACCCCCUACCCGGGGAUAAAGGUGGACAACAACUUCUAUGUGAUGAUAGAGAGAGGUUUUAAGAUGGAUCGGCCGUACUAUGCCAGUGAAUCUGUGUAUAAGAUGAUGUGCAAGUGCUGGGCACUGGAGCCUCGGGGCCGCCCUCACUUUGCCAAGCUGGUGGCCUUCAUGGGCGACCAACUGGCCGACAUUGAGGAGAAGAGCUCCAAUGACUCCUUAUACCAGAAUGCACCAGUGAAUUCUGACCUCUCUGCCUUGGCCAAAGAAAAGGAGGUUAUUUUGACACAGUCACAGAACCAACACUGCAAGACCCAUUCCACUGGAGGGGCCACAACAACCAAAAUAACACUCUCUGACAUGGAUGCCAUGGAGGCUGAUGAUGAUACACCUCUGUAACCAUAUCAGUGAGUGCAGGGGCCAAUCUAUCCUUCUAAUUAUUCUAUUCCAUACAAUAUACUCAGGGUUGGAGAGUAAUGGAUUACAUGUAAGGGAUUACAAAAAAACAAACUGCUAUCCGUAACAGCAAAAAUAUUGUUAUCGGAUUACAUAUAGUUUUGAAAAACUAGAAGAUUAUUUCGGGAUUACUUUUGAAUUCAGAAAGGAUGUUUUCUCAAUGACAUUCAAAUCAGCAUUGAAAAAAGGCGCAGGUGUAUGUUUGUUUCACCUGAGCGAGUCUGACCACAAGUCAGAGACAACUACGAUGACACACAAAAUGUGUUUGAUGGAUUGUGGGAAAAGAGCAGGAAUAGGCUUUUGUAGGCUACAGUCCAAGCUAUGUCUUCCAAUGGUGCGACUGCUGUCGGCAUCCAAAGAUUAUCCAACUUGAAUAAACGCUUGGAGGUAAGGAUGACAGCAGUGGUGUCGUCUACGGCGAUACGGAUAUCACCUAUUAUUGAUACCUACAUAGCACAUUGAUGUGAGUCACACUGCUGCUCUCUCAUUUAGCUAUUUGCGCCUCACGGAUUGUGGUUGUUGUGGAUGGCUGUUCACACAUCUAAAUGUGUAUUUAAACCCAAUAAUGGUUGAAUUCAAGAAGUUUAAGCUGCCUAUCAAUCAUUGUUUUUGAAACCAGUGGACAGCCAGUGAAAAAUGUGCUCUUGCAACAACUGCAUAGUGCGGAUCCCAGCCUAUGGAAUAAAAGUAGGGGUUUUAUUACUCAAUCUAAUUCAUGCUGAUAAAAAUAUACAUCCAUAGACCUAAUGGACACAUGCUCAAACUCACACGCUUUUGAUAGACUUAAAUGGGCAAUCUGUAGUUGCUGCAUCCAUUUUAUAAAUUCUAUAUAUUAAUGUAAAUAUAUAAUUUAAUCAUAUUAUUAUAUGUAGUAGAAAGUGAUGGGUUUCAAGAAUCUUAGACAACCAACACAUAAAGUAAAAUGUUAAAUCCAUGUAUGGCCAGCUAUGUAAACUUUAACAUUGAUUUAUCCUGCAAUAGAUGUUAUUCAAUUGGUAACAUACAUUUUUGUAUCUAAAAGUAACAGAAUGCAAUCAGAUUACGUUCAUGAGUUUGGGUAAUCCAAAAGUUACUUUACUGAUUACAAUUUUGGAGAGGUAACUGUAACGGAUUACAUUUGGAAAGUAAUCUACCCACCACUGAACAUACUCUGUUUAAGAUCUCACAUAUUAUAUUGUGGCACUGGCAGUCUAUAUUUGUAUAUUGCUGUGGAUUUUAAAUGCACUGAAUUGAAUACUUGCUUUAUCCAAAUAUGUUUAACAAUGAAUAUGUCAAUUAAAACUUUUGUAUCAAAUGCUUGCUCCUACACUGUAGAAAUUGAUAAAUAAUUAUUUAACAUUGAAACAUAGUAAAUAAUGUCGCAUUUAAUACAUUUUAAUACCAAGUGUUGGGCUGAGACAACCUCUUCUUGUGAACAUAUUGCACAUAUUAUAUUGAAUUUACUGUGUGAAACCAACGCAAGUCCUGUUUUUACUGCUUUUGGAUAAGAGUUAUUUCAGUCAUUAUAAAUGAGAGACAGGUUCAGAAGACUGCUGGAUUAUUCUGUCAAUGUUUUUCUGUGUGAAGUUGCUUUCUUUAUGUUUGCCCAUUUGAGUUCUCGAAAUUAUUCUUAUAUUUGAAAUAAAGUAUUUAAAAUUA